AUGUGGAGAAGAGGAGCUAACUUUGAAGGUGACACUGCUAAUUUUAUUGAAACCGAACAGUUGUUUGAAACUGAAGAAUUCAAGUUCUCAUUUUUGCAGGCUCGAGGUUCAAUUCCUAUUCUUUGGGAGCAGAUUGUUGAUCUAAGCUAUAAACCCCACCUUAGGGUUAUUAGUCAUGAGGAAACACCCAAGAUUGUGGAUCGUCAUUUCCAUGAUCUCAUGCAAAGAUACGGAGAAGUUGUAGCACUUGAUCUUACUGAUAAACAUGGUGAAGAAGGUCAACUAAGUGCAGCAUAUGCUGCUGAAAUGCAAAAUCAGCAAAAUGUGAGAUAUGUGGCUUUUGAUUUUCAUCAUUACUGUGGGAGCUCAAACUUUGAUAAUCUGAAAAUCCUCUAUGAUAAAAUCUCAGAGGAUUUUGAAAAACAAAGAUACUUCCUGAUAGAUAGACAAGGAAAGGUACUCGAGGAGCAGAGAGGACUUUUCAGAGCAAACUGUAUUGAUUCCCUUGAUCGAACAAAUGUUACUCAGUGUUAUCUGGCCCAGAAAUCAUUAAAUCUUCAGUUGCAGAGAAUUGGAGUGCUGACUUCCUCUGAGUGCAUUUCAAUGUUCGAAGAGGAAUAUGGAAAAUUUAGAAUAUUGUGGGCAGAGCAAGGUGAUGAGAUAAGCCUUGAGUAUGCUGGGACUCAUGCCUUAAAAGGGGACUUAGUUAGAUAUGGGAAACAAACAUUAACUGGAAUGAUUAAAGAUGGAGUGAGUGCGCUUUCCCGAUAUUACUUGAAUAACUUCCAUGAUGGACUUCGGCAGGCAAUCUUCAUUUCUGAUGCCCUGGAUCUGAUAAGUGGUCACUAUAAUGUCAGCAGAAACGUUCCUUCUCCUUUCCGGUCAAAUAACUUUGAACCUCUAACGUAUCUCCCUGUUGCAUCAGCUUUGAUAAUUGGGGGUUUAACGGCAACAACCUUAACUUUACAGCAAGCUGGCAGAAAUACACACCACUAUGUUUCUUCUGUACUCUGUGCUGGAAUAACUGCUGGUGUCAUGGCAAUUGUCAAAGCUAAUGGAAGACAUUUCUGCUCAAGACCCCGUUUGUGUGGUCUCUUGUGA